AUGGAUACAUCGAUGUCCACGCAAGAGCAGCAGCUCUGCCAACACCUAAUCGAGCUCCCCAUGCGCCAUGGAUACCGGUACAAUGACGCGGCCAAUCGAGACCUUCUCUACAAUCUUUUCUGGUCCAUUGCUGGAGGAAAGCCUGAAUACAUGCGCCUGAUAUUUCCCGAUGGCAAGCUCUCCCGACAGGGCACGCUGAAGCUCAGGGAAGCCCAAGGGGCGGUAGAGGGCGCGGAAUACACCGAGGCCGCCAGAGGCAAAGCAUGCGGGCACAUCUUCAGGGCUGGCGAGGCAUCAUAUGCCUGUCGCACUUGCAGUACGGAUGACACAUGUUGUCUUUGCAGCAAAUGUUUCGAUGCCACAGACCACACGGGUCAUAUGGUUAGGAUCUCUAUAUCGCCGGGCAAUAGUGGUUGCUGCGAUUGCGGGGACCCCGAAGCAUGGAAGCACCCUAUGUUUUGCACCAUACACUCAGAACGCGAACAGGACCAGUCCAAGGGCAAGGGCAAAGAGGUAGCGGGACUACCGGAAGACCUCACGCGCAACAUCCGCAUGACGAUUGCUAGGGUCAUCGAUUUCAUCUGCGAUGUCGUGUCCUGCGCCCCUGAACAACUUCGACAGCCCAAGACCAAAGAGUCCAUUCAACAAGACGAAGAGAUGUCCCGUCUCAACUCAACCUACUGCGGCGGAGACACCGAGUCGCCCGGUGAAUGGGCUGUUCUGCUCUGGAACGAUGAGAAACACACCGUCGUGGAGGUCCAGACCCAGGUUGCCCGUGCUUGUAGGACUUCGCUGGCAGACGGUUAUCAAAGGGCUUUGGAGACGGACAGCAUUGGACGGAGCAUACUCAUGUAUGGCGAUGAUAUCGAAAGCCUCCUCUCUGUCGCCAAGAUACUCGAGCAGAUCAAAGUAACCGUCACAAUUCGGUCAUCAAGAGACACUUUCCGGGAAGAAAUGUGUGGAACCAUGAUCGCUUGGCUCAAUGAUAUCGCCGGAUGCAGCGUCGGCUCAGACUCGACCAUACUGCGGCUCAUAGUGUGUGAAGAGCUUCUUAUACCGUGGCGAAAGGGAAGUGCCGCUGUGCACGCCAUUGUAGGCAAGGACGGCAUUGAGGACGAAGAGAAACUUGAGCAACUUCAUGCUCAGAACCUAGAGACACGCAACUUUUUAAGACAAACUCGACUCCUGGCGCGGGCACGGGCCCAAGUUAAUGCUGCAGAUGGCCAAGUUACUAUCCAAGCUGCUCUAGCCGACAUCCUCGACAACGAUACUUCAGACGACGAAGACAUGGCCAGAAACCAAACCCCGUCAAGCGGAGAGGAAGACGAUGACGACGACGACGACGAUGAUGAUGAUGUUGACGGCGAUGUUAUGAUGGUGGAUGCCGGCACUGGAGCUAGCGCAGAUGUCAAUAUGGCAGAUUGGAGACAAGGCUCUAUUGGUGAGGCUCUCGAGGAAGAAGAGGCAACGAUUGCAGGAUACCCUCCGCCGCCUCCCCCUCCACCAGUGCUCCGGCGUGGUACCCGAGACCGAGACCUAACACCAUCAGACUCAGAUACUGCGGAGCCAUUGAUAGCACCAACCGUCUACGCAAAGGUCAAUCUAGACAUCCCCAAGACUCCAGGCUUGGCUAAGUCAGGCGAGACGCCACCACCAAAGCCUGGGAAGUAUUGGGUAGAGACCCCAACCCCUUAUAUGGAACGUGCAAAGGAUAAACCCUACGAAGAUGUUUUCUCGCGCGUUCGUUUAGACUGGCUGAUUCUGUUUGACCUAAGGAUGUGGAAGAAAGUGCGGAACGACCUCAGGUCUCUAUACAUCUCGACCGUAGUCACAAUUCCCGAGUUCAAGAGAAUACUUGGUCUUCGAUUUGCAGCACUAUACACCACCCUAGCUCAACUCUAUCUCAUCGCCGACCGUGAACCCGAUCAUUCUAUUAUCAAUAUCUCCUUGCAGAUGCUGACGACACCGUCUAUCACCGCUGAGGUGGUGGAAAGGGGCAAUUUUUUGACGACCCUCAUGGCCAUUCUGUACACGUUUCUUACGUCAAGACAGGUUGGACACCCGUGGGAAGUUUCCUCAAGCGCAGUUCUCGGGUUUGACACGGGUUCAGUCACAAACCGGCGUAUGUAUCACUUCUAUGUGGACAUGAGAUUCCUCUUUGGCUCCCCACAUGUGCAGGAGCGUAUGCGGACGGAAGAGCGGUACCUCCUCCAGUUUCUUGAUCUGGUUAAACUACAUCAAGGCAUCUGCCCCAACACCAGAGCUGUUGGUGAGCACGUGGAAUACGAGACUGACAGCUGGAUUGGUGCGUCUUUGAUGACUCGCGAGAUCAACAAACUGUGCCGGCUCAUCGCAGAAUCCUUCCGCAAGGCACCUGAGCAAGACUCGCAAUACAUUUCGAGAGCGAUUAGACUGACGGCCAAGAACGCGAUUAUCAAUUCCAUUGGUGCUGAUCGCACCAGAUUCACCCAGGCUGAGAUCAGGGAUGAAGUACGGUUCAAGACACUCACCGACUUCGAAUUCGCAGGGGAGACGAACAAGUUUGAUGUCGUUAAAUUUGUGGUGGAAGAGCAACCGAUCAGUUUUCAUCACGCUCUCCACUACACCUUAUCUUGGCUCAUCGAGUGUGGCAAGAGCAUGACGGCGCAACAAUUGGGCUCGGUUCUAAGCUUCACGGCGCAGGAGCUGAAGAUGAAGCCAAGAUCAAUGGGCCGGAAGACAAUGCCGAGGCGUGACUAUACACCAGAAGACUACCUGACGGCAUUGUUUGACUAUCCCCUCCGGGUGUGUGCAUGGCUAGCUCAGAUCAAAGCUACCAUGUGGGUUCGCAAUGGCAUCAGUCUUCGGCAUCAGGCCGUGACCUACAAGAACAUUCUCCAUAGAGAUGUCACACAUCACAGGGAUAUCUUCCUGUUGCAAACAGCCAUGGUUGUCUGCAACCCUAGCCGAGUUCUUGCCUCGAUCGUUGACCGCUUCGGUAUGGACAAGUGGAUCAAAGGUUUCUUUGAACAGACUUCAACUGGCCAGGACGAAGGUCAGCACCUGGACGUCAUCGAGGAUAUGUUGCAUCUUCUCAUCGUUCUCUUGAGCGACCGUACGUCUCUGAUGCCGACGGAAGACGAGCACGAAAUGCAGCUGAUGACGAUGCGCCGGGACAUUUCCCAUGUGCUCUGCUUCAGACCCCUAUCUUUCAAUGAGGUGUGCAACAAGCUUCCGGAUAAGUUCCACGAACAGGAGGAAUUUCAUCAAGUCCUCGACGAAAUUGCCACCUUUAAACCCCCUGAGGGCGUCUCGGACGUCGGCACGUUUGAAUUGAAACCGCAGUUCAUCGAGGAAAUCGACCCGUACAUUGCCCACUAUAACAAAAAUCAACGUGAAGAAUCCGAAGCGGCGUAUCGCAAGUGGUUAGCGAAGAAAACGGGCAGGUCUGCUGAGGAAAUCGUUUAUGAACCCAAACUGCGGGUGAUUCCGUCGGGGCCUUUCGUGGGUCUUUCAGAUUUCACUGGCACUGGCAUGUUUGCGCAGAUCAUCUACUACAGCUUGCUAUACCCCCUUGUGGCGACUAAGCUGACACCUACCGUGCCAUUUACUCGCGUGGAGGCCCUGCUACAUGUUGUCCUGCAUUUGACACUGAUCGCUGUCACAGAGGACAAGGCUGAUGAGCGAAGCCUGGCUUCCGAGAACUCGUUCAUUUACAUUGCGCUUACGAAACAUGCUCGCAGCAAUUUUAUGCAGGAAGCUCCGGCUGCGAAGACUAUCGUCUCCCUUCUGGAGAUGAUGUCCGCUCGAGAAGAGCUCAAAUCUUGCCACCCCAAGGUCGCGUUGAUCCUUAAGCGGAUGCGGCAAAGGAUGCCGCAACAUUUCGACACGGCCUACGCACGCCUAGGUGUGCCAAUUGAUCGGGUUGAUACGGCUUCACCUGCUGACAUCCAAAAUGCGGAGGAGGAACGCGAGAAGAAGAAGAAGGCAGCUCUUGAUCGCCAGGCGAAAGUCAUGGCACAGUUCCAGCAGCAACAGAAGAGCUUUCUGGAGAAUCAAGGGGAUAUUGACUGGGGCGAUGAAGACCUGGAAGAACUGGACGAGGCCAAACCCAUCGAGGAACGUAAGAAUUUCUGGAAGUACCCCAGGGGCACUUGCAUCCUUUGCCAGGAGGACACUGACGAUGGACGGCUCUACGGCACGUUUGGACUUUUCACCGAGAGUCAAAUUUUACGACAAACCGAUCUCCAAGAUGCAGACUUCGUACGCGAGGCCGCCAACACACCCGUCAACCUCGAUCGAUCCGCUGACGAAAUUCGACCAUUCGGUUUAGCCCACGAAAAUCGAAAGACGGUCGAGAAGGUGAAUGCCGCCGGCGAGACUUUUCUGGCUGAGAGGCAAGGGAUUGGAAGAGGCUUCCCCUCGAAGCUCUGCCGUCCAGGACCCGUGGCUGUAAGCUGUGGCCACAUCAUGCACUUCAGCUGUUUCGAGAUGUACAUCGAGGCAACGUCGCGGCGUCAUGUCCACCAAAUUGCCCGCCACCAUCCCGAGACGUUGGAACGCAGGGAAUUUGUAUGCCCCUUAUGCAAAGCUCUCGGAAAUGCCUUCUUGCCCAUCACGUGGGACGGUAAAGAAGAAUCAUACCCUGGCGUUCUUUCAAGCCCGGCGGAUCUGGACAGUUUCGUACAAACGCAUGCUAGGCCCGAUACCUAUGUCCCUAGUCUCUCUAGAAUGUUUAGCCCGCCGACGCACCAGCAAGCAUUUGCGGCUUAUGUUCGGUCUAAGAUGCCACACAGCCUCAUUGAAGGAUCAACUCAACUGGUCAUGGACACGUGGGAUGGCAGUGGUACACGAUCCGUCUCCACCGGAACCCCUUUUAGUGACUCUUUCUCGGCUAUGGCGACGCCUGACUCCAGUGUACGAUCGCGAAGCCCUUCGGAUGCUCAGCAAAGUGACAAGGGCCUCCUGUCCGUCUAUCGCAGACUGCGCGACACGCUUCUCAAGAACAAGCUGUACACCAGGAUUGAUGGCGAGGAGAAGGAUGACGAGCUGUGUGGCAGUGGCGCUCUAGCUCGUGCUGUAGGUUACUCGGUUUCCGCAACAGAGAUCCAGCAGCGAGGCAUUGAAGCUGAGUACGGCAUGACUUUGAUUGAAAAAAUUCCAGAGCAAACAUUGAUUCAACUACGCAUUCUGUCGGAAACAACUUCAUCAUAUAUCGCAAUCGGCGGUCUUCGUUUUGGGGGAGAGAACAACAUUGACAUGGAGUUCCGUAAGGACAGCGAACGCCAACACUGCCAACUAUUCAUCUCCGAGUACUUUGGGCGGGAGACCAACAACAGCCGGCGGCCUGCUGAUGCGUACCCGCCGCUUCUCAGUCAAGAUCCCUUCAUCUUCAUGUGCGAGAGCAUCUUCGGCAUGGCCAUGUCACAGAAUAUGAACAUCACCAGCCUUGUUCGACUAUGCUAUCUUGCCGAAAUUGUCAAGGUGGUCUACCACAUCUCUCGCAACGUUCCCAUCAGCAAGUGGCUUGAGCACAUGGUCAGUCGGGACACUGAAGAUGCCGCCAUGAACAACUUUGCCACUUUCUGCCAUUCCAUAACCCUGGCUGGCAUCAACUACAGCGAGGAACUCAACGAACUGCCAGAUAGCGACCUGCCCAACGUUGGCUUCGACCAACCUUGCAUGGACAGUCUUGCAAAGUUCCACGCCUUCGUCCAGAAGUACGCACUGGUGUUCCUGCGCAAAACGGCAAUUCUCCUCCAUGUCCACUACGGCGUCGACUUCAACAGCCACGUCUUCACUUCACCAGAAGCCGAUGAACUUUCCCGGCUUACCGCCGCCCUACGCGUCCCUGCGUUCGACGAAAUGUGCACUGCCCUCACACCCUUUGGGCCCACUUUCGGCUGGCCGUCGCGCAUCGAAGCCAUCGCCCACGGUUGGGUGCGGCACCAAAUCAUGUGGCCUGGUUCCAAUACUCCGGCAGUUAUCGCCGACGUCUCGCGUGAUUCUCGCCUCCUGCCCAGCUCCGCUAUGAUCAGCCACCCAGGCAUCUUCGAGCUAGUCGGCUUACCUAAGAAUUACGACAUGCUGAUCGAGGAGUGCGCACGGCGACGGUGCCCCAAGACGGACAAAGAUCUUGCCGACCCCAUCGUGUGUCUGAUGUGCGGUGACAUAUUCUGCGGCCAGACCAUGUGCUGUCUGAUGGACUACGAACUGCCAGGAAGCACGAGUACCAUGAAGAUUGGGGGUGCGCAGCAGCAUAUGUUAUUCAAAUGCCAAGGUAACAUCGGCCUCUUCAUCAAUAUCCGCAAGUGUGCCAUAUUCUACCUGCACCGCGUCUCGGGCAGCUUCAGCAACGCCCCCUACAUCGACAAGUAUGGCGAGGUGGACGUGGGCCUGCGCCACGGACGCCAGCUGUUCCUUAACCAGCGGCGGUACGACUCCAUGGUGCGCAGCAUGUGGCUCAGUCAUGGCGUGCCGAGCUUCAUCAGCAGGAAGCUCGAGGCGGACAUUAAUAAUGGCGGGUGGGAGACUAUAUAG